ACAGCAUUAAACCGAACUUGAAGGUUGACGACAUUGUUUUAAUCUUGGACGAAAAUGUUCCUCGUAGUAGUUGGCCAUUAGGUCGUAUCGUGGAAGUGUUCACCAACAGCCGAGAUGGACUACUUAGAUCUGCGAAGGUCAAGACCCAGUCAUCCACAUUUGUGAAACCUAUCACAAAAAUUGUGUCACUGGAAACUUCUGACGACAAUUAAUUUACUUACUGUUUAGUCGAGAGUAGUUUAAUAUUUAAUUAAUUUCAUUGAUUUUAGUUGUAAAGGCCACGUCGCCUUUAAGGGGCCGGAAUGUAAGUCCACAAUGGGCUUCCAUAGCCCUAUUGGCCUCCCACAGGCCCAUUGUGUAACGACCUUCACAUAAAGAUAAGAAGGCAUUCUACAAGUAGCAGUUCAAUCUUCAACAUCUAUUCAGUCUUACUGUGUACAAGUUGCUCAUUAUUUCAAACUUUUUCAAUGUGUAGGAUGAUAAGACAUUCAACAGUAAACUACUGUCUUGGUUUGUUACGUUUAAUGGCGACGUUGUUGGAGAACGAUCCUAGCAUAACUUAUGAUUCUUACGAAGAUGCAUUCGAUCAAAUACAGAAACUAACAGUUGUUCUAAAGGAAAUGGGAGCGGACCUUAGACAAAUUGAUAAUGGUUGUAUCAGAUUCCAUCUCUCAUUUUAUCAGUUAUCUGAUCUGGAGAAGUUUCGACAAAUACACAGAAGUGGAAAGUUGUUGAACAUGUUUGCCAGGAUUUUACUUUCUGGUGUUAACCUAGACCAAUGGAAAUUGUCGUUACAUAAAGGGUCUGAAGAAUUGAACAUCAUUGUUUCUCUUGAGUUUGAAGAUAAUGCGGAGCCACAUAGCCUUCCUGCAGUUAUAUAUGCUAAAGAAAAUACAAGAGAAGAUAAGGUAUCAGAUAAGGUAUCAGAUAAGUCGAAGAGUGAAACAACAACACCUCCUCCCAAUGACUCAGGAAGUUUCAUACAUACAUAUAGUAUCAAGGCAACCAAGAUCAGACAAGAAGAGGAAGAUACAAAUAUUGGAGACAAAACUUCUAUAGAAAAUACAAGAGAAGAUAAGGUAUCAGAUAAGUCGGUAAUGAAGAGUGAAACAACAACACCUCCCUCCAAUGACUCAGGAAGUCACAUACAUACAUAUAAUAUCAAGGCAACCAAUAUCAGACAAGAAGAGGAAGAUACACACAUUGGAGACAAAUCUUCUAUAGAAAAUACAAGAGAAGAUAAGGUAUCAGAUAAGUCGGUAAUGAAGAGUGAAACAACAACACCUCCCUCCAAUGACUCAGGAAGUCACAUACAUACAUAUAAUAUCAAGGCAACCAAGACCAGACAAGAAGAGGAAGAUACAAACAUUGGAGACAAAUCUUCUAUAGAAAAUACAAGAGAAGGUAAUGUAUCAGAUAAGUCGGUAAUGAAGAGUGAAACCAAGACCAGACAAGAAGAUGAAGAUAAAAACAUUGGAGACAAAUCUUCUAUAGACUUUGAAGUACCAGAAGUAAUAUUAGCAAGAGGGGAGGAAGCAUUGAAAGUUUUUAAUGAGGAGUUAGAGAAUGGAAAAGUUACAGUAAACCAUGCACGAUUAAUGGUAGCCGGCAAGGAGGGCGUUGGAAAGACUUGCUUGGUAAACAAUCUGCUCGGAAAACCAUUUAAUGAAAACGAACCAUCGACCGAUGGCAUAGUGUUGACCACAGCUUUUCAAACUACAGAUACGUUCUGCAAUGAGUGGAAAGAGACAGUGGACCUAGACGACUGUGAACGGAUAAAGCAGAUUUACGAUAAUGCAAUAGAGUAUAAAGUCGCAGAGAAAUUGAAAGAAAAAGGAAGCCAAACAGAGGUACUCCAACAGGCAUCUGCAUCUGCACAAAUGUCAACACCUGGACCUCCACUUGUACAUGCCCCUAAAAAAUCAAUUUUUCCGAAUGUGCUUUUGCGUGUUUUCUGGCGGUUACGUCGAAAGAAAAGCCACAGGACACCAACCUCUGCGCCCGUUUCAGUCAAGCGGUUAAAUAGCAAGAAAGACCACAUGACACCAUCCUCCUUUGUACAUGUAUUGCCAUCUUUGCCUGCUUCAGUCAAGUCUUACGGCAAUAUAUUUGACAUUAGCAAUUUUAGAAAAGUAACACUCAACAUGGUAAACAUGAAUAAACAGGCAUCAAUAAAUGAAGAUUACUUUGAAGUGUCUUGGAAGGCCAACAAACGACAAUUUGUUCAAGUUGUUAUAGAUCAUGCAAGUAAGUUGUCAAUUACAGCAAUCUACGACACUGUACCGGAAACUGAAUGUUGUGAUCUAGAUGGAGGCUCCCUUUUACAUAACUUAUGGAAGAGAGGAGACAGUUACGGCACAAUUGCACAGGCAUACUCUGAGUUCGUCAGUUGCAGAUGCUAUGGGUUGACAAGCACAUCAGCCUGUGGAGCCUGUCAACUUAAGGGAUGUGAGAAUGUAGAGAAAGUAAUAGAUGAUGAAGAGGGAGAAAUGGAAACAGAUGACUAUUGA